AUGAAAUUUUAUUUAUUUUGUAUUUAUAUUCUUUUUUUUCCAACAAUUAAUGGUGAUGAAUUAGUUUACAAUGAAAAUACAACAACUCAUACUUAUAUAUAUAUUGAUAAAAAAUUACAAUUAGGGGAUUAUAUUUUUAAUAAAAAAAUUCCUAUUCAACAGAUGUCAUCUGGUUCACAAAAACUAGAAGAACAAUAUAUUAUGGAUCUCCUUAUAGUAACAGAUUAUAAAAUGUUUGAGGCAUUCCUUGAAUUAGUUGAUUAUGACAAAAAAAAUGCAGAAAAAAUGUUAAGUGAUUAUGUUAAAGGAAUUUUUUCACAAUUAAGAUCUAUUUAUUGGAGAUUUGUUUUUUUAAAUGAUAUUAGAAUUCAUAUGAAUUUAGUUAGUGAAAUUAUUGUAACAAAUAUAACUGAUUGUCCAAUUUUUAAUGGUUUAAAACGAUUAAAAGAAGAGGAAGAAGGUAGUGGUGAGGAAGAUAAUAUUAUUGAUGGUAGUGGAGAUAUUUUUAUUGAAAGUAGUGGAUCUGAAGAAGGAUCAGGAUCAAAUUUUGAAUUUGAAGAAGUUAAUAAAAAAAACAAUAAACCUAGAAUUUUAGAUGAAAAUGAGGUUUAUGGAAUUGAUGCUGUGGAAAUGUUUAAUGUUUGGAUAACUUCAAAACUAGAUACGUUACCUCAACAUGAUCAUGCUCUCCUCCUAACAAGAUAUGAUUUAAUUUCUCAUACAGGUGAUUCAUUAACUCAAGGUAUGGCAAAUAUUGGUUGUAUGUGUAAAAAAGGAAGAUCAACAUCUAUAAUUGAAGAUAGUGGAAGUACUUCAACAUUAAUAGCUGCUCAUGAGAUAGCUCAUGCAUUAGGAGCAGAACAUGAUGGUGUAGGUGAGCAUAAUAAAAGAUGUGAUAAAAAGUUAAAUCAUUUAAUGUCUCCAAGUGUUUCAAGUUCAGAAGAUGAUACUAUUUUUAAUAAUGUUUUUACAAUAAGUGAAUGUACCAGACAAGAUAUAGAAAAAUUUUUUAAUGAAACAAGUGAAAAUAAUUGUUUAAGAAAAUUAAGACCAGGUAAAAAAAGAAUUUUUAGUGAAAUAGAAGAAAAAGAAAGAAAAGAUGGAAUGUUAAAGAGUGGUGAAUUAUUUAAUAGAGACAAGCAAUGUAAAAUAUCAUUUGGAAUGGAGUAUGGUUAUUGUAAAAAUGAUGCUUAUUAUCCAGUAACUAAAGAUUCAUGUAGAAGAAUAUGGUGUAGUAGAAAAAAAAAUGAUUUACUGUAUCCUUGUGAAACACGUGUAUUUUUUCCAGCAAUGGAUGGUACAGAAUGUGGUGUUGGAAAUUGGUGUAUGUUAGGAAAAUGUGUUCGAAAUGAAAAAUAUUAUCAAAUGAUUUGUGUUGAUGAAAAUAAAGGAGUAUGUACUAAGUAUCCAGCAACAAUUUUAAGAAUGUAUUGUAAGGCUCCACUUUUCAAGAAUAUAUGUUGUGGAACUUGUGACAUAGUUGAAAGAAAAUUCGGGAAAAAAAAGAAUAAGGGUAGAUUUAUUUAUCCAAAAAAGGAUGAAAAAAAUAAAUAA